AUCGACUCAAUUGCAGUUGUAAAUCCGCCAAUUCAAAACAUUUAGAAAAACAUAGAUGUCGAAGACUCUGGUGCAGCCGAUUGGGCAGAAAAGAUUGACAAACGUGGCAGUUGUUCGCCUCAAGAAACAGGGAAUCCGCUUCGAAAUCGCUUGCUACAAGAAUAAAGUCCUCUCGUGGCGCUCCGGCGUGGAGAAAGACUUGGAUGAAGUGUUGCAGUCGCAUACUGUUUAUUCAAAUGUUUCGAAAGGGGUUCUUGCCAAGUCAAAAGAUUUAGUGAAAGCUUUUGGGACAGAUAAUCAGGAGAAUAUAUGCUUGGAGAUUUUGGAUAAAGGAGAGCUACAAGUUGCAGGGAAGGAAAGGGAGUCACAGUUAUCAAGUCAGUUUAGGGAUAUUGCUACUAUGGUCAUGCAGAAGACCAUCAACCCUGAAACACAUCGUCCUUAUACAAUAAGCAUGAUUGAGAGGCUAAUGCAUGAAAUUCAUUUUGCAGUUGAUCCACAUAGUAGUUCAAAGAAACAGGCAUUAGAUGUCAUUCGUGAGCUCCAAAAGCACUUCCCCAUCAAACGGUCCCCCAUGAGGCUACGACUUACUGUACCCGAACAGAACACCUCAUCACUCUUUGAAAAGAUUAAUAAUUGGAAUGCUAGCAUUUCUUCAAGAGAAGAAUCUGGAAGUCAGCUCUCUCUCAUUUGUGAACUGGACCCAAGCAUGUUCCGCAAUUGUGAUGCUUUGAUGAGGAAUCUGCAGGGGAGAUUAGAAAUUCUUGCAGUCAAUGUCCACGUUGAUAGCGACACCCAGGUGGAUAAUUAUGAUGACCAUGAAGACGAACCAUCCACCGUUCACAAGGAUCCUGUGGGUCCUGUUGUUCAACUGAGUGAGAAAUUGCAGAAGCAGGGAAUUCAAGCCAAAAAUGGGAUUUCUCAGGCAGAGGCAAAGCAGAACCAAUGCAGCACGUGCAAUGCUUCAAUAGGCAAUGCAAAAGAAUACAGAGAGCACUUCAAGAGCGAUUGGCAUAAGCAUAAUUUAAGGAGAAAGACGAGGCAACUCCCUCCCCUUACUGCAGAAGAAUGCAUGGCUGAUAUGGAACUAGGUGACUCGAAGGCUGAUCUGAAGGAAUACUCAUUUUGAGAUGGCAACAAAUUUCGUACAACUUUGCUCAAGAUAUGAUGGAAAUAGCAGCGUAUUGGACUAAUGCUGAGGAAUUUUCCGAGUUUUGCCAUCACAAAUUUAGAAAUUUUUUGCAGUUGUGUGAAAAUAUUUUCAUUCUGUAGAGCUCUAUAUUGGUAGUUUUGGUCUUAUAAACAUUCAUUUACUCGUUUUCAAGGUGUGUAACGUAUGGCAAUAUGGUUCAUAGUGAUGUUUCUAUGCAUUAUUUACCCUUUUUUGUAUUA